UAUUUGCAAAUGGCGUUCGCGGUUAAGCGUCGGCCUUCUCGCUCGAGCGCUUAUUUUUUAAGUUGCAAUGUAUAAACACAACGCGUUCGCGUACAUGAUCAUUUAUAUUAUUAUCAAUGAUAACUCUUACGCACAGUGCGCGAACCAGUGAAGUUCGACGUAAAACUAGUGAUAGACUAUUAACAAAUAAAAGUGCAUCUUGCAAGGUGUUAUUCUGCGUUCGCCAUGGCUGAACAGGUGCUGUUGAAUAACGAAAUGUUGAUCCCUUUGGAAAAUAUACCCGCGUCCUGCUUCGAAGACUCUCCGCUGCCUGAAGCGCGGGAAUAUAAUGUUGAGAUGAUAGACACUCAAAACGCACACAACGCGCAGGAACAACAAGCUGGUAACGUGGAAGAAAGUGAAGGUGUUCUUGAGGCUCCAGAGGGUUGCAACGAAGAAAACGAACAAAUGCGGGUAGAGAGGGAGGAAGCUAAGUACAUUUCCGAUGAGAUGCAAAUGCAGACUGAUGGAGGUGAAGGCCAAUCCAGUCAUAAAGAUGAUGAAGGUGUGCAACCUGCUGAAAGUGUUACCACACCAACUGAAGAAGGGUAUAUCUUCAAGUGUGUCUUCUGUGAGAUCACUCUCACCAGCAAAGACCGUCCGAAAAUCCUCGAGUGCUUACAUAAUGCAUGUGGGCCUUGUAUUGAUCAAAAAUUGCUUGAGAUACAAGACCCACAACAAGAUAUUAAAGAAGUCUACUGCCGAAUUUGUGGCUUUUACAUGGACCCAAAGAAUAUCAUUGAGAAUCAAUUCCUCAAUGAUGCUUCUUCAGAUGAUGCCAACAAAUUUGAUGAUAUAAAAUGCAGUAGUUGCAGUGAUGAAGCGCCAGCGUCCAGUUGGUGCGUGGAUUGUUCGGAAUUUAUUUGUGAUAAUUGCGUGCAAGCACACCAGAGGCUAAAAAUCACCAAGGAUCACACAAUCAAGCACAAGGACGAAGGUAUUCAGGAACAAACCGGCGGCAAUACGGGUGAGACUCCGCUGUAUUGUUCCAUGCAUCCGCAUGAGCGUCUUUCGCUGUUCUGUGAGAACUGCGACAAGUUGACGUGUCGCGAUUGUCAGCUCACCGAACAUCGCGAUCAUAAGUAUAAAUUCACGCAUGAAAUUGCGGCGGAUUGUCGAAAGGUGCUGAAUUCUAUGUUAACUGAUAUUAGUUAUAAGCGAAUAUUACUUUCAAGUGCAAUGAAAGUAAUAGAUGACCGUCAGGGAUUGAUCAACGAGAAGAAACAAUCAUUGGUUCAACAAAUUACACAAUUAGUUGUUAGAUUAACAAAUACGAUAACUCAGCGUGGAAAACAACUUGUCUCGCGAUUAAAUGAGAUAAGCGAGUCGAAACAUAAAACUUUAGAUGAGAAGAAAGUGGCGCUCGAUCACCUGUCGCAAAUGACUGAUCAUUGUAUACUUUUCACGCGAAAUGUUCUCGAUUUUGGUAAUGAUAAUGCUCUUCUAUACUCAAAGCGACACCUGGCGAACCACCUGCAGCGAAUUAAAUCACGCCGGGCCGAUAUUCCCAACCCAGAAAUUCCAGUACGGAUUGAUUUGGCUCUGGAGAAAGUUUCGGAUAUUAUAAAAGGAUUAGACACCGUUAUCGGUGGAAUCGGUCAGAUAAUCGUGGACGGACGUGUGUAUCCUGCGAAUUCGCAGUCGCCGUCAAUUGCCACACCGCAAAAUUCCCCAUCGCCUGGUCUGCCCGGCCAGCCAGGCCCUCAUGUGCCACACGUGCCGAAUCAGCAACCUCCUCAAGGACAAGGACCGCCAAUACCUCAACAAAUGAAUAACAAUCCGUAUAUUCAGCAGCAGCAGCAGCAACAGCAAAGAAUGAUGGCGCCUUAUCAAAUGCAACAGCAAUAUCAAAACGUCCAGAAUCAGAACCAAAUGAUGCAACAGCAGCAUAACAUGGGACAUUCGCAAAUGAAACAGCAUCAGACGCCGAUACAGAAUCUAUCAAAAAUGCAACAGCAACAAGUUCAUGGUGCGCUUCAAGUUAGCGCGAUGAAUGCGUUGAGUCGAUUGUCACAAGGCCAGCACAUGCAUCGUGUGCCACAUAUGCCACCACAACAGCCGCCUCAGCAAUUACGUCAGCCAAAUAUGCCGCCCCAAAUGCAUGCGCGCAUGCCUGGCCCGCCUAUGAAUCAGCAGGUAUCAUCAUCAACGCACCCUCAAACCAACUUGCGUACUCUCUUGCAACCGAACGGCAACAACGCCGUGUAUAUUCAGACCGGCCCGAAUCAGUAUCAAGCCGUGCAGCCGCAAUACGUCCAGCACUAUCAGAAUCGUGCGCAGGGCCCCGCCUACCGCCCCCAACAGCAACAACAACAGCCGCCAGCAGCACAAGGCGGGCCUUUACCGAUGAAUAACACAGGCGCGCGGUAUCCCUACCCAACGCAGCGACCGCCUGCGUAUGGGACACACCCGCAGGCGCACAUGCAGCAGAAUAGACCGAAUUUUCCAAUGCCACCUGGUGGCAAGUGGCAUAUUCCGCAAGCGGCAGUGAAUGCUGAUGGCGCGGCUCCGCAGAAGUACAUGCCUGCCACACCGACACUCAAUAGCAACUAUAAGAUUAUGUUGAAGCCGCAGCAUAGCGCCGCCUCUGUUACGUCGACCAAUCCGAAGACGCCAAGUCCGAAUUCGAAUUAUCUACAUAACGAUACUAAUCCAGAAAAAAGUCUGGAUAAAUUCUGUGAAGAAUCUGUUAAUGAUUUAAUGGCGACCAUUGCCAAGUUGGAUUCGAAUGGAGUGCAAGUCCUGGCUGAGAAUAGAGCGAAAGGUAGUUCGCCACACGUGGAUAGUUCCACCGGAGAUGUAGGUGGAAAGAAAGCCAAUGAAACUUUGGAAAAAGAUGAUCCAAAUGAAGACUGGUGCGCUGUGUGUAUGGAUGGUGGCGAAUUGGUGUGCUGUGACAAAUGCCCGAAGGUUUUCCAUCAGUUUUGUCACAUUCCUAAUUUAAGUGUUGAAGAAAGUGAUACUUGGCAGUGUUUGCUUUGUUUAAACUUUGCUGAUAUUCCGGAUACAGGCGAUAGAGUUGAUAAUGAUCUUUCGCCACGUCAACGGAAACUCGCCGAGAGGAUUAUUUUAGAGUUAUACUGUCAGUAUGAACUCAGUUUACCAUUUAGAGAGAUUAUCGGGCAAGAAAAUCAAGCAUAUCAUGAAGUAAUAACAUCGCCAAUUGCCUUGGACACAAUCCGACAGAAACUCGACUGGAAUCGCACGGAACACUAUAAAUCUCUGGAAGAAUUAGUAAAGGAUGUGCGUCUGAUGUUCAAAAACGCACGACUUUUCAACGCUGUCGAUUCGCAAGUGUACAGCGAUGCUUCCAAUCUGGAGAAGUUCUUUGAUGAGCAAUUGGAAAAGUGGCUGCCGGAAUAUGCCUACGAGAUGUUCGAGGAUGAGGACGACGCGCCACCUGCCAAAAAGAAUCGGCAAUAUUGAUUAAGAGUUGUUGGGAUUUCAAGAAUUCGUUUUAGCAUGGUUAUUAUGAGCGGAGAGUUUAGGAUUUUUUUGAUUAUGUCGCGCGCAUAUUUAUAUUGCAACAUUAUUUAUUAUGUUUAAGUUGCCUUUUUAUAUAUUUGCAAUGAUGGAAGAAAGUUUAUUCAAAAAUUUGUUGAACGUUUUGUUCAAGUAUGAUUAAGAAGUAAUAGAAUGAUUUAUGUUAAAAUUUAAUCUGUCUUCUAUCAUGAUUGCAAUUAACAUAAUUCGCAUAGAGAUGGCACUGCGAUAAAAUAUUUGUUUGUGUCGUUGGUGUUUUUUUGGUAGUGUAAAACAGUAGGCAUUGAGUUAAAUCAAAAGAAGCUCAAAUCGGGCAGUAUGACUAGUUGGUCAAAUGAAUAUGUAUAAGCAGUGAAGCUCCAUGUUCAUUUUCUGUGUGUAACUAGUUUCACACCGAUCAGUGACUUGCGCUGUGCAGGGAUCAUACGAAUAACUCAAUGUUUGGGUCAUAGAUGGCGCUAACAUGCACUUACUGUCAUAAAAUGAAACUUCCUGAAUUUAAUUUAAGUAUUGGGAUACUUAUUACUAAUUUUUUAGUAAUCUUACAGUUUUAUUUCUUUUUUUCUUCGCCGGCAGCGUCGCCAUCGGAUUCCUCCUCCGAUUCGUCUUCAUCCGAGUCAUCUUCAUCGGAAUCCUCUUCGAAAUCGUCAUCAUCGUCGUAAUUACCUCCAUAGCCGCCAUAGCUGUACGACGCACCAUCACCUUCACCGUAAGCUUCCUCAUCGUCACCGUACGAAUAGGUCGAUUGGCCUUGCCUGCCGAAUUUGUGACUUCUCGCUAUGAAAAUGAACAACGGCAGAAGCGCAAGAUGUCAUGAAGUUUGUCGUCGAAUCUGCAAAACAACUUGGUUCUUUUUCAACAUGGUUGGAAUGGAUUAUACCGUUGGAACCAGAAGUAGUUGAACCAACAUACAUAGAUUCCUUGUUGAUUCGGUUUGGUUUUAAGAAUCCUCCUGAGUCUGUAGGACUAGAUCAUGGAUAUCAUUACUUACCAAUUGCCAUCGUAGUGACAGUAUGCGCAAUAAUCUUUACAAUUUAUGUGAGAAUAUUUAAAUAAAAGAUUAUCGUCGACAGGAUAUCUGCCAAACCACCUAAGCCACCUCCGACGUUAAUACCUUUUUUAUGUGAUGAGGAACUAGAUACUGUGGAUGAAGAUGACUAUGAAGGUGUUUCAACGUAUGAAGGAUCCCACGUUUCGUUAAAAUCGGAUCAGACUUGUUAUUGUCGUUGCCGUGUAUGCAUGAAUCCUUGUGGUGACACGUAAUCACCACCAAAAAACGUUUACACUGAUUUUACUCUAAAUUAUUUUAUAUAAUAAAACAUUUAUCUAUG